CAGUCAAACAUUGGAGGAAACACUAAAGCUAAAAUGGAAACAUCCAAAAGCAAAAAUAUUAGUGAAAUGGAAUUUACGAAUAAAGACAGUGAUGUGAAUGUACGCACAAAAAGUGAAACGGAAAAAGAGAAAAAACUGACUAUUAUUCAAAAGAUUAAGAUGAUAAAAGAGUUCUUCACAGUUGAACCUUUCCUGUUAUGUUACAUUUUGCCUAUGAUGAUUCUGUCUAUAACCGUGCAGAAGUUCAAUACAGAGAAAGCUUGUCUAGCAGACCUUAAUUAUUCUCAAGAGAUAUGUGAUCAAAUACAACAAGGUGUUUCUAGUGAUAAUGACACAACUUCGGUCCUACUCGAGGCAAGUGAAGUAGCAAUAGAUAUUAAUACUUGGAAAGAACCCCUCACAAAGUUUGUACCUGCAGUUUUGAUGCUCAAUGUUGGAGCAUGGAGUGACCGAACCGGCAACAGGAAGGCUUUAAUGAUGGUGCCAAUCUUUGGAGACUUUUUGGCGUCACUUGGAUAUCUCUUGUCAACGUAUUAUUUUAUUGAGUGGCCUUUAUGGAUUACGGCUCUGAUUGAAGCAUUGUGUUCUACGUUUACAGGAGGUUUAGUUAUAGCUAUAUCCGGGGCUUACAGCUAUGUUGCAGAUGUGACAACUCCAGAAUCCCGUACAUUCAGGAUUGGUUUAGUUGCAGUAAUAGUGACACUGGGGAUUCCUGUGGGAACUUCUGUAGGUGGUAUUUUAACAGAAUCUAUUGGCUACUAUGGCACAUUUGGAGUGGGAUCCACACUAUAUUUACUUGGAUUUAUUUAUGCGUACUUCAGAAUUCAUGACGUUAAACGUGUGAAAGAAGAGGGUUCUUGCGGAACUAAAUUCAUGAAUUUCUUACACCCUAGAAACUUUUGGGAUACAUUUUCGCUACUUGCUCGAUCGAGAGGCAGGCGGCUGGUGCAAAUAUUUGCUAUUAUCUGGGCACAUAUUAUCAUCAACGGACCGGUGAUUGGAGAAUCUUCUGUAUUAUAUUUUUAUACUCUCAUCAGGUAUCAGAUGGAAAUUGUUGAAUUUAGUUUAUUCACCACCUACGUAAUCCUCUUGGGUACCGCGGGUACUCUCAUAGCCGUUGGACUUUUCAGUAAGAAAAUGAAACUCCAUGAUGCUAUCCUAGGGAUCAUCGCCACCUUCUCCAAGGUGAUUGGUGCUUUUGUCUAUGCGUUUGCACCUGAUAAAACCUGGUUGUACACAGCCGCUGUUUUGGAUAUGUUUGGAAAUUCUGGCGUCACGGCCAUCAGAUCUUUGGGCACGAAAGUAGUCGAUGUAAAUAGUGUUGGUAAAAUGUGUUCCCUAAUAGGGUUUGUGGACGCAAUAAUUCCAAUUGUAGCAGUUCCAUUAUACAGCCAGGUGUGGAAUAAUACACGGGAUUGGUUUCCAGGCGCCAUUUAUGUUUUGGGAGGAGCAUUGACUGUGCCUGACUUUUUGAUAUUUGUGAUUCUCUACAUGAUAUACAAAAAAGAAGAAAAAGAUAUCGCCAAGAAUAUUAAUACCAAGGAGAUGUAUGCUUACGAGAAUGAUGUCACUGCUUUAUAGUAAAAAAAAAUCCUCUGAGCGCUCUGAGAUACCCUAAGAAACUUUUUGAUGAUAACUCAAACGUCAUAUUGUUUAUGCUGUAUUAUUAUUCCAAAUUUGGCUAUAAUACACUUGAUAUGUUUUCUUAAACUUUAUAAGUUUUGAAAAGAUUGAUCAGAGAAUGGCGUCGCCAAGCAUCCCCAUCUAUAUAAAUCGAUUUGUCGAUAUUAUUUGACUGGAUUACGACGAGGCCUGACUGACUAACAGUGGACACUGACAAAAAUUUGAUUGUUUUAACGGCGAAAGGAAAAAGGAAGGCUCGAAGAAUCAACAAGAUUCUUUGACGUUAUUUUUUUAUACAGUGUAAGUUUAAUAAGCCUAUAAUG